UUCAAGGCUGCAAAACAGAUCAAGGAUAGGGUCACAAUGGCUCCAGCAUUUCGACUGUGUUUAAAGCUAAAGAUCAGCGACAACAUGACUCAUUUAAUGGUUGACUUCUCCCAGGAGAAGGAGAUGCUCAAGUCACUAAAAUUUUUACCCAGUCCACGGGCUCCUGAGAUCGAUCCAGCAGAAUGUCUGGUUGCCGAUAACUGUGCUACUAUAAGUUGGAGAAUGCGGCGAGAUGAUAAGAUUGAUCAUUACAUACUAGAGUACAGGAAAACAAACUUUGAAGGACCUCCUCGGAUAAAGGAACGAAACUGGGAAGCAUUGAUAGCAUCAAAAGACGAAUAUAUGUUAUCAGUUUUGACAUUUGAAUCAAAGUACAUGAACUUUCGGGUCAGAGCUUGUAACAAGGCUGUGGCGGGGGAUUACUCUGAACCGAUCACCUUGGAGACAAAAGGUUUUAACUUUGCCUUUGAUGGUACAACUUCACAUCAGAACCUCAAAGUUGAAGAUUUUAGUGUUGAAUGGGAUUCUUCAGGAGGCAAGGGACAGGAAAGCAAAGUUAAAGGGAAAGAGAACAAGGGCAGUGGCCAGGUUUCCUUGGUGAAGAACAAAUCGAGAAGUGGUACACCGUCUCCAAAAAGGACUUCAACCACUUGCCGACCAGCGUCAGCUAGAAGUAACCGAGAUCGUUUUACUGGUGAAUCUUAUACAGUGUUAGGUGACUCGGUGAUUGAAAGUGGUCAGCAUUACUGGGAAGUAAAUGCUCAAAAAGACUGCAAAUGCUAUAGUAUGGGUGUAUCCUACAGAAAUUUAGGAAAAUUUGACCAGCUGGGGAAGACUAAUACUUCAUGGUGUAUUCAUAUUAACAACUGGUUGCAGACCUCCUUUGCAGCCAAACAUAAUAACAAAGCCAAAACCAUGGACAUGCCAGUUCAAAAAAUUGGUGUGUACUGCGAUUAUGAUGGAGGUCAUAUUUCCUUUUAUAAUGCAGAUACCAAACAGUUGUUACAUACUUUCAGGACAAAAUUUACUCAACCGGUAGUUCCUGCAUUUAUGGUUUGGUGUGGUGGCUUAACCUUGCACACGGGGCUUCAGGUGCCGAGCAGUGUAAAGUCCUUUCAGAAGGGUGAUGGAUUGAGCGGCUCUGCAAAUAGUUUAAUUAGCCUUCCCCAGUAAUCGUUUGUCUCGCAUUAACCUGUAUAGAGUGGUGAUUUUUAAUGAUUUGCUGAUUUGGAAUUUUGUGCGGUAUAUGGAAUGGUUUACAUGGGUUUGAUUUGUUGGACCAUUCCCAUUUUUCAAUUUUCCUGUUCUUUCACAUCUGCUUAUGACCAAAAUUUUGUCUCGGGCAAAGGUUGUUCGUACAUAACUCAGGGUUAAACCUGUGGCCAGUCCUCCAUGCACCAUUUUCUGUCA